AUGAGCCCGGCCUUCCUCCUCCGCCUGCCCCUCCUCCUCCUCCUCCCCGCCGCCGCCCUCCCCGCCGGAGCCCGGCUGCGGGACCGGGGCCGGGAGCGCCAGGACCGGCCGCAUCCUCGGGGCCAGCCGCAGGACCGGCUGCAGCAGCCCGGCCAUCCGACCGGCCGGGCCAUCCGCAGGAUCGGCCGGGCCAUCCGCAGGACCGCUCGCACCGGGGCCAUCCGCAGCCCCGGUUGCAGCCGGGGCAUCCGCAGGACCGCUCGCAGCCGGGGCAUCCGCAGGACCGGCCGCACCCGGGGCAUCCGCAGGACCGCUCGCAGCCGGGGCAUCCGCAGGACCGGCCGCAGCCGGGGCAUCCGCAGGACCGGCCGCACCCGGGGCAUCCGCAGGACCGGUCUCACCCGGGGCAUCCGCGGCCCCGGCCGCAGCCGGACCAUCCGCAGGACCGGAGGCAGAGGGGCCGGCCGCCGCGCCGGCCGCCCCGGGACCGGCCGCGGCGCAUCCCGGCGGCUCCGGGCCGGUCCGUCGGGCCGCCGGACGGGCCGCCUCUACUGCCGGGCGGGCAUCGGCUUCCACCUGCAGCUCCAUCCCGACGGCAGGGUCAGCGGCUCCCACGAGGCCGACCCGCUCAGUGUGUUGGAAAUAUUUGCUGUGUCUCAGGGGAUUGUAGGAAUUCGAGGAGUUUUCAGCAACACAUUUUUAGCGAUGUCAAAAAAAGGAAAACUCCAUGCAAGUGCCAAGUUUUCCGACGACUGCAAAUUCAGGGAGAGGUUCCAAGAGAACAGCUACAACACUUACGCCUCGGCAAUUCACAGGACCGAAAAGACCGGGCGAGAGUGGUACGUGGCCUUGAACAAGAGAGGCAAAGCGAAAAGAGGCUGCAGUCCCAGGGUCAAAGCUCAGCACGUCUCCACCCACUUCCUGCCCCGCUUCAAGCAGUCAGAGCCCCCCGAACUCUCCUUCACCGUUACCGUCCCUGAAAAGAAAAGGCCCCCGGCUUCUCCCGCCAAACCCAAGGUGCCCGGCCCUCGCAAGAGUUCCACCACCGUCAAGUACAAACUCAAGUUUCGCUUUGGGUAGUCCCAUGGCGAUUCUGUGGGGAACGACUUUGUCCUCAGGGGUUGGUCUGGGGCUCCCCCGGAGAGGCCUCAACCCGGCGGAGAUGGGCCAGGAGUGGCGGGGCUCGUGGCAAGCGGGGAGACGCUUCUUGGCUUCCCUGGGACUCCAGCGUCGGUGCCAUCCGAGAGGGAUGGGCGGGUGCUAAGGGGAUGCUGGGCAGAUGUCUUCCUGUCAUCCUGGAGAGAGGGACUCCGGUGCAGCUGGUCCAAGCGAGGCCGCACCUUGCCUGCGAGGGACCUUUGGACCGUCCAGGGGCCGAGCGAGGGCCCAGUAUCCUGGCGGCCUUUACCAAACCAACGGGAAAUUACGGACGUGGAACAUUUUUAUUUUUGUUUUCCAAAGAAUAUUUUGGAGCAGAUAAAUAUUUUACUAACUUCCUUUUUUUUAAGAAUAAACGGCAUCUCUGCAUUGAGCAUAUUUUCUUACUUUCGUUAAGAUUUUUAUUGAUGCCACUUUGAGAAUAUCAUUCGAAUCCGGGACUUCUUCUCCACCGUCAUUGUGCUUAGAAUCCGGUUAUGAGGACAAAGCCUUCCUCUGGCGGUUUUGGUUUGGCCUCGCGUCUCGUUAUUUUAGCCAGAUCUCAGAUGCCGUGAGUUCAGGCCUCUUUCUUGCUCCACUGGAAUUCUCCCUCCUGACUCCAUUAGGCCCUCCAAAUGCUUUCCGUUUGAAACUGGAUGCUGAGGCUUGGCUUUCCUCUCUCGUAGUCGCUCAGGAUGGGUGCUGGAGUUCUGGCUGGAAGCCAGGGGAGGAGAAUGUGAGGAGCUUGGGAUGGAGACAGGUGGUGUUGGAAGGAGAAGGGCUUCUUGGGGGGAGGGCAGGGGAGGGCAGAAUACGACCCUCUGCGGAAGUCCAGCUGCUUCCGCCUCUUAACCCGCUGCCCCUACUCUGCCCUUCACCGAGGCAGCUGGGAGGAGUUUGUAAGCGACACUCGAGAGGUUUGUCCAAUUGGCUGAGCGUCUCUCCAGUUGAAAUCAUCACCCACGCCGGCUUCUCUCUCUCUCUCUCUCUCUCGGGCAACAGUCUGUCAGCACAGCCUGGUUUGGAGAGGCUUCUCUCUCCUUUCUCCCCUCCUUCCUCCUCCCACAUUGAACAGUUGGAGGAAUAAGCCUCAUGCAGUCCAGCACGUGGGUCCUCCAAAUUCUGAGGGUUUUAAAUACCCCUAGAAUGACUGUGCGGCAUCCAUCUUUGCUCCACAGGCCCACCGGUCCAUGACAGAGAGCCAUUUUGUGGGAAAAAUGAGGGAACCAGUCCCUUUCUGUGGUAUAAUAACAAUGAUAAUUGUAUUUGCUGAGUGCUAUGUGCCACACACUGUACUAAGC